AUGUCAAGCUUAGCAAAACAGGUACAAUUCGGUAACACGGGUAUUAAAAUAUCCCCUAUUAUUGUAGGAUGUAUGUCCUUUGGUAGUAAAAAAUGGGCCCCAUGGGUAGAAGAUGAUAAAGAGAAGGUUUUUACUAUUCUAAAACAUUGUUAUGAUCGUGGGUUACGUACUUUCGACACAUCUGAUACUUACUCUAAUGGUGCCAGUGAAAGAUUGUUAGGAGAAUUCCUAAGAAACUACAAUAUUAAAAGGGAAACUGUUGUCAUUAUGACUAAAGUAUUUGGUGCAGUUGAUGAAACUUUAGAUUUACCAAUGGGUAGAUAUAAGGUCUCUGAAAAAGAUUUAUUUGAUAUCACCAAUCAACAAGGUCUUUCUCGUAAACAUAUUCUAGUUGGCGUUCAAAAUUCUGUAGAACGACUAGGAACUUAUAUCGACGUCUUACAAGUUCAUAGAUUCGACAAUAAUACCCCAAUUACAGAGACCAUGCGUGCUUUAAAUGAUGUUGUUGAGAGAGGCGAUGUUAGAUAUAUUGGUGCAUCGUCUAUGUUACCCACUCAGUUUGUAGAAAUGCAGGCUACUUCCGAUAAACAUGGAUGGCAUCAAUUUGUCAAUAUACAAUCAUGUUACAAUUUGAUCUAUAGAGAAGAUGAACGUGAUUUAUAUCAGUACUGUGCCAAACAUAAGAUUGCAAGAACACCUUGGUCUCCAAACGCAAUGGGUGUAUUGUGUAGACCAUUAGGAGAUACUACCGAUAGAGCUAAGACUGAUAAAGCCUUGGCUCGUUUGGGUUUUAGUGUGUUCAAUAAGGGUGACGAAGAAAUUUUACAAAGAGUUGAACUACUAGCCAAAAAGAAGAAUGUGUCUAUGGCAGCUGUAUCCGUUGCAUGGGUUAUUGCCAAAGGUGCUCAACCGAUUGUAGGUAUGAGUUCCGUUGAAAGAGUUGAUGACACAUUACUGUCAUUGGAUGUAACUCUUAAUAACGAUGAGUUGAAGUAUUUAGAAGAACCUUAUACUCCAAGAAACUUUAUUUAUUAA